AUGUCUUUGUGCGAUUGCCACGGCUGUCAGCUUGUGUGCGUUGCUCUGGUCUACUCUGAAACCAUGUCGGCCACCGCAACGUCUUCACUGGUUCCGCGCUUGCUGCAGUAUGCGCGGGAAAAGGUGGCCAGUGCCCAGCCUGCGAUCCUCUCCAAUCUUGCAAGGGUGACGCAACUGCCCCUAAUCAUUGAUGUGGCUCUGCCUGGUGCAGCAUACUUCUCUGUUGCAGCUGGUGGGCUUUGUGACGUGCUCUACCUCCUUGGGGAGGAGGUAGUCAAAGUCGACCGUUUUGUCGGUGCCAGCGGAGGUGCCUGCAGUCUCUUCUUGAUUCUCGCCAACGACAAGCGAGCGCCAAGUGACCAGCAUGCUGCACCUGCUGGCCGCUGUCCCAGUGCAGAUCUUCUGUUGGAGUCGUACCUGGAGUAUGCAAAGUUGGAGGGCUCCAGCGGUGUCCAGCGGUCCUUGAGUGCAUUUUGGCAAGCGUUGGCCGGAGUGUCAUCUUUCUGGGAGGACAAGUACCGGGCCCUUCUUACCAAUGAGGCAGCCUGGGCGGCAGUCCGGUCACGGGGUUUCUGUGCAAUUGCCUCGAGGCCAAUCCGGCAGCAGAUAUUUGGGUCAGCGCCUAGUGAUGCGGUGUACCAUGCAGUGGGGGACAACUAUAUUCUGCACAAUUUCUCGGAGAAAGAAGAGGCUGUGCAAGCAUUCGUAGCCACGGGUGAGGCAACCGCAAAAGGAUUCACCAAGGGCAUCGCAAUCCUGGGCUCAGAUAGGAGUUUCGCUGUUGUAGGACCACAGGCUGGGCGUCCGAGCCAGCUGCGCAGCUUGCCAGCAAGCUUUUGCGACGGUGGGCGCCCGGCCAACUUUGAUGCCUUGCACGACCAUGCUAGCCCUAAUGCUUUCCUAUACUACAAUACCUGGUUUGAGAAUGCAUCUGAAGCGGCCUUCUGCACGCCGGAGAGCAUCGAACACCUAUACAAGAGGGGGGUCGACCGUACCAUUGAUUGUUUGCUAAGUGAAUCGUUUGCAUCGCCCACUCCAGGCACUCUGAACACAGUCGCAGGAAAGGCAGCCAAGGACAGCAUCGUCUUGGCUCUUGCUGGCGCAGAUUUAGCCCAGGAGAUAGGGAAAAUCAACGCAAAAAGCCCACUGUACGGAGGCUCCUUUGUCAAUCUCGCAGGGAGCGAGAUCCGGGAGCAGCCGAGCUUUGCUUGA